AUGCAAAUCUUUGUCAAGACGUUAACAGGUAAGACCAUCACUUUGGAAGUUGAAUCUUCUGACACUAUUGACAAUGUGAAGUCUAAGAUCCAAGAUAAGGAAGGUAUUCCUCCAGACCAACAAAGAUUGAUUUUUGCUGGUAAGCAAUUAGAAGACGGAAGAACUCUAUCCGACUACAACAUCCAAAAGGAAUCUACACUUCACUUAGUCUUGAGAUUGAGAGGUGGUAUGCAAAUCUUCGUCAAGACUUUGACAGGCAAAACCAUCACUUUGGAAGUUGAAUCUUCUGACACUAUUGAUAAUGUGAAGUCUAAGAUUCAAGAUAAAGAAGGUAUUCCUCCAGACCAACAAAGAUUGAUUUUUGCUGGUAAACAAUUAGAAGACGGAAGAACUCUAUCUGACUACAACAUUCAAAAGGAAUCUACACUUCACUUAGUCUUGAGAUUGAGAGGUGGUAUGCAAAUCUUCGUCAAGACUUUGACAGGUAAGACUAUCACUUUGGAAGUCGAAUCUUCUGACACUAUUGAUAAUGUGAAGUCUAAGAUUCAAGAUAAAGAAGGUAUUCCUCCAGACCAACAAAGAUUGAUUUUUGCUGGUAAACAAUUAGAAGACGGAAGAACUCUAUCUGACUACAACAUUCAAAAGGAAUCUACACUUCACUUAGUCUUGAGAUUGAGAGGUGGUAUGCAAAUCUUCGUCAAGACUUUGACAGGCAAAACCAUCACUUUGGAAGUUGAAUCUUCUGACACUAUUGACAAUGUGAAGUCUAAGAUUCAAGACAAGGAAGGUAUUCCUCCAGACCAACAAAGAUUGAUUUUUGCUGGUAAACAAUUAGAAGACGGAAGAACUCUAUCCGACUACAACAUCCAAAAGGAAUCUACACUUCACUUAGUCUUGAGAUUGAGAGGUGGUAUGCAAAUCUUCGUCAAGACUUUGACAGGCAAAACCAUCACUUUGGAAGUUGAAUCUUCUGACACUAUUGAUAAUGUGAAGUCUAAGAUUCAAGAUAAAGAAGGUAUUCCUCCAGACCAACAAAGAUUGAUUUUUGCUGGUAAGCAAUUAGAAGACGGAAGAACUCUAUCCGACUACAACAUCCAAAAGGAAUCCACACUCCACUUGGUCUUGAGGUUGAGAGGAGGUCAGCUUUGA